UCCGGCGGGCCGGGCCCCCGCCCCCCCGCCGCGGCCGCCGCGCUGGGCUUCGGGCCGGGGAAGCCAGCAGGGCCCGGGAGCGCGCCUCCCCCAGCCGCCGCGGCGCCGCAAAGCGUAGAAGACCAGUCUCGCAAGACCGCGGCCUCCAGUGGCCCCUUCUAUCUGAUGCGCGAGCUCCCAGGCAACACGGAGCUGACGGGCAGCACCAACCUGAUCACGCACUACAACCUGGAGCACGCCUAUAACAAGUUCUGCGGCAAGAAGGUGAAGGAGAAGCUGAGCAACUUCCUGCCCGACCUGCCGGGUAUGAUCGACCUGCCCGGCUCGCACGACAACAGCAGCCUGCGCUCCCUCAUCGAGAAGCCACCCAUCUGCAGCAGCUCCUUCACCCCUCUCACUGGCACCAUGCUCACGGGCUUCCGCCUGCACGCCGGCCCGUUGCCGGAGCAGUGCCGCCUGAUGCACAUCCAGCCACCCAAGAAGAAAAACAAACACAAACACAAGCAAAGCCGCACUCAGGAUCCUGUGCCCCCAGAAACCCCUUCAGACUCUGACCACAAGAAGAAGAAGAAGAAAAAGGAGGAGGAUCCAGAGCGGAAGAGGAAGAAGAAAGAGAAGAAGAAAAAAAAGAACCGUCACAGCCCAGAGCACCCAGGAGUGGGGAGCUCGCAAGCCAGCAGCAGCAGCAGCCUCCGGUGAGGGCAAGCACGACCCCGGUGCUAAAGUGGCUCUGGGAAGAUGCCUGCUGCAGAUGUGGGUGACUGGGAGAACAGUCCUGGAGGCAACACUGACUGAACUCUUCUCCCAGAGUGGCUUAUUGGAGGGCACUUAGGCUGCCUUGCCUGGGGGCACAGACUGUCCAGACACGAGCCGGCUGGGAACAUGGACUGAAAUGGAGAUGGUACACAACCUGCUGCCCUGACCCAGAGCCAGGCCCAACUUUUUCCUUUUUUAUUAAAUACUCCUGACUAAGUCAGGUGCUUUCUCCUUUU